AUGUCGGGCCGUGUCUCCGCGGCAUCGAGGGAUGUAAAUUCUACGCUCGAUGCGUCCGAGCGUCGCGCUCCGUGCACACUGACGGUGACGAGUGACCUCGUUGGGGAUGUGGAGGUGGUCGACUACGAGUCUGAUACUCCUUUACCUGAAUGGGAUUACGAGGAAGGCGAGCCGCACCAGCGGCGUGAGACGAGCCCUGCUCACGCCUUGCGGACCCCACGUCCGUUUCCUGACUACUCGUCACCUGAGGGACGUGGUGUAAUUACCAAUGACCUCAAUGAGGCACAGAAUCGGCCGCUGGAAGCUGCCCGUAAGGCGGAUCUGAUGCGCGCUCAUCCACGGCCGCUAUGUGACAGCGAUAAUGAGGUCAAAGCACAGGCACGCACAGUAUUUGACUUGCAAUCUCUUCGCAAAACACAGAAACAACAAAGCAUCGAACUAUGCAAUAUCCAUCUAUGA